CGCCGCGACCAUGUUCAUCUAUUUGAGCAAGAGCGCGUCCCGCGGCGUCCGCCGCGCGCCGCCCCUCCCCCCCCGUCGCCCGACCGCGUCCCCCCCGACCGCAGAGAUCGCCAUCCCCAACGGCGUCGUGCUGCACUCGCUGGCCUGGAACCCGGACCACGGGUGGAUCGCGUCCGGAGGAGACGACGGCUUGCUCAAGGUCCUGAAGCUCGACUCGCCGCGCGACGUGGGCAAGGCGCCCGGCGGGUCCGUGCCGAGCAACCUGAGCAUGAACCAGACGCUGGAGGGCCACCACGGCUCCGUCAUGUGCGUGACCUGGAACGCGAACUACCGGAAGCUCACGACGUCGGACCAGAAUGGGCUCAUCAUCGUCUGGAUGCUCCACAAGGGCGUCUGGUUCGAGGAGAUGAUCAACAACCGGAACAAGAGCGUCGUGCGGGCCAUGAAGUGGACGGCGGACGGCCAGAAGAUCUGCAUCGUCUACGAGGACGGCGCGGUCAUCGUCGGGUCCGUCGACGGCAACCGGCUCUGGGGCAAGGACCUCACGUGCGGGCUGACGAACGUGGAGUGGAGCCCCGACGCGAACUACAUUUUGUUCGUGACGUCGGACAGCGAGCUCCACAUGUACGAUUUGAUGGGGUCGAAGGUGAAGACGAUCCCGACGGGCGGCGACGGCGGCGGCAAGCGGAGUCGCGACGGCUCCGCGACGAUCAUCGGCGUCCACUGGUACGACGGCAUGGAGGGCUACACGGACCCGAACGCGCCGACGCUCGCCGUCGCCUUCGGGAACGGGCGCGUCCAGCUCAUGCGCGGCUCCGAGGACGCGGAGCCCGUCGUCGUCGAGUCGGACCUGCGGCUCCGCCAGUGCAAGUGGAACACGCGGGGCACGGUGCUCGCGCUGGCGGGCACGCUCGCGCCGUCGGGCAGCGACCAGCGCGAGGACAGCGUCGUCCAGUUCUUCUCGCCCUACGGGAAGAAGCUCCGGUCGCUCAAGGUGCCCGGCGGCGGCAUCAACGCGCUGUCCUGGGAGGGCGGCGGCCUGCGCAUCGCGCUGGCCGUCGACGCCUACAUCUACUUCGCGAACAUCCGGCCGGACUACAAGUGGGGCUACUUCGCGGGCGACACGGUCGUCGUCGCGUACUCGCCGCCCGAGCGGAGCGGCACCGCCGUCGUCUUCUGGGACACGAAGACGAACGAGAAGGUCAAGAAGCGCGCCAACGGCCUGCGGGCCAUCAAGGCCGUGGGCGAGCACUGCAUGAUGGUCUGCGAGGAGCGGAGCCCCGCCGACGAGACGCAGGUGUCCUACCGCGUGUCGCUGCGGAACGCGAUCGGCGCGCCCGUCGAGUCGCGGCUGAGCCCCGUGGAGCCCGUCCACGCGGCGAUGACGCACCACUACGCCAUCGUCGCCUCGGACCGCCACGUCUACGUCUGGCAGUUCGCGAAGCUCCAGGCGAAGCUCGCGGGCAAGGCCAAGGCCAAGGGCGAGGCCGCGGCCGACCUCAUCUCGCUCCGCCAGUCGACGGGCCGCGAGCGCGUGCUCGACGUCGCCGCGCCGUCGGCCGACGCCGUCGUCAUGGUCGAGCAGUUCAAGCCGCCCCCGCGCGACCGGGACGGGCCCGGCGACGGCGUCUCCGACCCCAUCGCGGCCGUCGCCGCGAGCGACCGGCUGCUAUUGGUCGCGCGCGCGUCCGGCGACAUCUUCCAGUACUCGCUGCCCCACGUGUCCCUCGAGCGCAAGCACGGCGUGUCGUCCGUGCCCUGGAUCCUGUCGCUCAACUGCGCGUCGUCGAAGCUCGCCAUCAUCGACACGCACGGGCGCCUCGCGGGGCGGGGAAAGAAAUGCCCAACUUCAAAGGCUCCGCUCUCGGCCGCCGGCGAGCUGCUCAACUUCGAGCGCAAGGACUGCUGGGACGUCGUCUGGGCCGAGGACGACCCGGACCUGUUCGUGGCCAUGGAGAAGACGCGGCUCUGCGUCUACGGCGCCGAUUUGGAGCCCGAGGAGCCCAUCGUCUGCAGCGGCUACGUCGCGUCCUUCAAGUCGCUCAAGGUCACGUCCGUCGUCCUCGAGCACGUCGCGCAGAACCCGGAGAAGGUGACGCGCGACGUCGUCGUCGUCAACGAGACGAGUUCGCUCCGCGAGGUGCGCGACGUGCUGCAGCAGUCCGGGUCCGCCGAGGGCUACAUGUGCGUCGAGCAGCGGCCCCACCCGCACCUCUGGCGGUUCCUCGCGGAGUCGGCGCUCGAGGCGCUCGACCUCACGUACGCGGACAAGGCGUUCGUGCGCUGCCACGACUACCAGGGCAUCCAGUUCGUCAAGCGGCUGCGGGGCCUGAGCGACCGCAUGAAGCAGCGCGCGGAGGUCGCGGCCUUCUUCGGCCGCUUCGACGAGGCGGAGCAGAUCUACCGCGAGAUCGACCGCAAGGACCUCGCGAUCGAGCUGCGCGUGCGUUUGGGCGACUGGGCGCGCGUGUCCCACCUCGUCCAGAGCGGCGGCGGCGACGACAAGCAGCUCGCGUCGGCCUACUGCAAGCUCGGCGACCACUACGCGCUGCGGAGUUUUUGGGAAUUUCGCACCCUUUUCCUGCCCAGGCGCCAGGACAAGAUGGCCGAGUGCUACUACCGCCUCGGCGACUUUGCGGCGCUCGAGGCGCUGGCGGGCGCCGUGCCCCAGGGCGCGCCGCUCCUCCUGGAUUUAGGCCGCAAGUUCGAGUCCGUGGGCCUCCACGCGCCCGCGGUCGAGGCCUACCUCCGCGCGGGCGAACCCAAGGCCGCGAUCGACUGCUGCGUGCUCCUGAACCAGUGGGAGAAGGCCGUGGAGAUCGCCGAGGAGUUCGGCUUCCAGCAGAUCGAGGGGCUGCUGGCCAAGUACGCGGCCGCUUUGUUGCAGCGCGGCGACCGGCUUUUGGCCGCUCCGCUCUCGGCCGUGCUCUACCGGAAGGCGAACAAGGCGACGGACGCGGCGAAGCUGCUGGCGGCCAUCGCCGAGGACGUCGGCGUCCAGCAGGCGAACCCGCUGCGCGCGAAGAAGCUCCACGUGCUCGCCGCCCUCGAGGUCGAGCGCUACCGGAAGAAGACGCUGGACCUCACCGCGACGCGCGGCGGCGACAUCGCCCAGACGACGGCGGCGACGCUCGACACGCUCAUGACGCACGACCAGGAGAGCGGCGCGUCCGGCGCCAAGGUGCUGGACAACGCCUGGCGCGGCGCGGCGGCCUACCACUACUACGUCCUCGCCCACAAGCAGCUCUACGCGGGGUCCAUGGACGCGGCGACGAAGACGUCGAUCCGCCUCGCCGAGUACGAGGACGUGCUCCCGCGCCGCGACAUCUACUCCAUCGUCGCCCUCGCGGCCUACCACAGCGGCGACUACGACGUCUGCUCCCGGGCCUUCAUCAAGCUCGAGACUUUGGACGACCUCGCCGAGGACGAGCAGGACGAGAUCCAGCGCCUCGCGCUCGCGAUCUUCUCCAAGAAGCCGCCGGGCGAGCACUCGCCGCUCGCGUCCUGCUACAUCGCCUGCCUCGAGACGGGCACGCCCUACCACGCCUGCACGAAGACGGGCCGCGCCGUCCUCGACGGCCGCACGCUCCAGUGCACGACGUGCCGGCACCACGCGUUCGAGGCGGAGCUGAGCCGCGACGACAACCACUGCCCCCUCUGCCACACGGUCUACCCCGCCCAGUACCGCGUCGCCUGAGGCGGGGCGGUUGCACCCCCGUUUUAAACGACUUACUUCGCCCCGCC